AUGUCUGAUGCAUUCUAUCUCCGGUAUUAUGUCGGCCACAAAGGGAAGUUCGGUCACGAAUUCCUAGAAUUUGAGUUUCGACCGGAUGGUUCGAUACGAAUUUUUAAAUUAACACUUGUAGGAAAGUUGCGGUACGCCAAUAACUCUAAUUAUAAAAAUGAUACGAUGAUUCGCAAAGAAGUGAGUAGUCGAUUUAAUGUUAUAUUGCCAAAGGCAUAUGUUAGCAAAGCAGUAAUGGAAGAACUCAAGAGAAUAAUUUUGGACAGUGAUAUUAUGAACGAGGAUGAUGAGAAAUGGCCCGUCCCCGAUCGUGUUGGUCGCCAAGAGCUGGAAAUCGUAUGUGGCGAUGAGCAUAUAUCCUUUACCACAUCAAAAAUCGGUUCUCUUGUUGAAAUAAACAGUUGCAAGUAUGUGUUCUAUUAUUAUAGUCUUUUACCCUACUAUUUAGGGAUGCAGAGGGUCUCCGAACGUUUUACUACCUCGUACAGGAUCUGAAAUGCCUUGUCUUCUCCCUUAUUGGACUGCAUUUUAAGAUCAAGCCAAUAUAAUGUACCAGCCCUUGUACCGCUAAUGCUGCAAAUAUAUUUUGUAAAGUUUCAGUCUUCACUCGUCCACAUAUCCAGGUUAUCCGUUCCUUUUUAUAUUCCCCGGGGCUUGCUCAGAACCAGACUGUCUGUUUACAUUCUCUAGCGUACAAUCCACUUAAUUUAUCUAGCCGUUCAUAUAGUGUAAAGCCUAUGGUAUUGGCAUGUAUUAUUGCCCAUCGUCGCUUUGCUUCGGAUUUGCCUUAUGCUUCUGCCAACAACCCAUCGACUUUUGACCGUAACGCCUAUUGGACCAUUUCCGUGCCAUCCGCCAGGUCGCAAAGUAUAGAAGACAAAGCGAGUUUGGAAGUACGCUAUGGUAGUUGACGCAGAUAUUGUCCGUUCCGGCGGUCCCGGUCGGUAGCAAGAAUUGACGGCUCCUGCCCAACUUGUUAGGUAAGGUUCUGUAGUGUUUACGUUACCACUCUACGAGCUGACGGACCACUCUCGGAAGAUGGGUUUCAACGUCGCUGUAGUCGUAACUUUGGUGUUCCAAGGACAUAUUUUUCAUGACCAUCAGAAAAGUCUCUCUCGCAGGGUGCGUUCAUUUGCGUUCGUGCGGUGUUGUGAGCUUCAAGUCGCUAGGAAAAGAAUUGAAUGUAAUUUUACACAUUCCGUCAUGUCUGUCUGCAGUUUACCGACAUCUCUCGUGAUGCACGAUCUAUUCUUUGAGUUCAAUGUUUGUCACUCAAGUGGUAGUGCAGCACUCCGGGCCUCAUGACUGAUUGCGCUGUUGCUGUAGACCCAAGCCCCUGCCACCUGUCCACAUGACACGCCUUUUAUGCUAUUUUGCAUCGUAUCAGCUACUGCUUCCGUUCUCAUUUCCAGUCGGCUUAUUGCUGACGUCGAUGGAAAGGGGAAUGGUGGAUGAGGCUGACUUUGCUUGUGGCUCACUGCGGUUGGUCGGACGCACCAAGAAGUGGUUAGAGAUCGACUGGCUGAGUCGGUUUUCUGUACUGUGGGUCGUACCUCCAUGAAUCUUCUUUAGUAUGGCGUGUAUAACAAGCCCCACCAACGCGAGGUCCGAACUGCGAUCUGUUGACGUGGGGAGAUCGGCAGCCUUGCCACGCAUCUGUAAGGUCUUGUCAUAUCUGCCAUCGCGGACUUGCCCGUCGGCCUGACUCACACCUGCUGCUAGCGCACGACUUGUGAGGGAAGGGAGAGCGAGGGCGACUUCACGUUUCUUCAAAAUACGAAUUCUCCCAUAUUUUUAAACUCAGGACGUUGUCAAGACGAGCUAGCCCAAGUACCGCCUACUUGGGACGCUCACGGGCGGCGGAUAGCUGCCCGACUUUCAUACGGGAUUAAUCGUGAAGAAGACCCACUGGUCUGGCAUUAGACCGUAGUUUGGUAGCAGCCACAGCGAUGCCUGACUGCGGAAGACCAAGGUCUAACACGUCAACUGCGUCCAAAGUUCCGCAAAGCCUGGUAAUGGCACAAUAAUAUGGCGAACAUGAGCCGCUCGUAAAUAAGUUUUUUGCGGAAAAGUCUGAAGGAGAAAAUCAUUGAUAAAGAAGACGAGUGGCCGUUAGGGACCAUCCUAUACUUAGAAUUCUCGAGAAAACAUGGAAAAUUCCCCAUCCAGUUGAUACUAUUCUUGUUACCGGUGUUCGCGAGAACCGACGCGUUCCACAAACCUAGUAUUUUUGUGAGAGCGACUAGUGUGUGGUCUGGAUUACUUAAUAUAGAAUCGGCAUUUGGUACUGAAUGGUUCAAUGCGAAGAGGUUCCUAGGCUCUUGUACUCAACGUCUCACAGCACGCAGUCCUUAGCUCAAGGUAGGUGUCUCAUGGCCGCCUGGAACCUCAAUUGCAGACCCAGAAUCUCAGAAAAUCAAAAUCUUUGAGACCAACUUCCGCUUUGCCCUCUAUCAAAAGGAUUCGUGCUUAUUAUUGUAGACAUGGUCUAGCAAACGAUACGUGUCAUUUACAUGGGGUUUAUUCAAUAGCCAUCUGACUGAAUAGGCAUUUUAGUAACAUUAGUGUCAUUUCACUCAACCCGACACCAUUAGCUACCGACCAGCACGAUGAAGAGUCCUACACACAGCUGAAAGAACAGGUUAAAAACUUCUUUACCGUGGUCUGUUGAUUGUCGGCAGGAGCCAUGUUGGUUUGUUUGGACCAGGCUACUCUUCAAACGACUAUUACAGUGGCCGCUUUGGGUCUGAUUCUCGAUGCCACUAUAGUGAAAGGAUGUAGGUCUCUGCUGAACACAGCGGACUGGUUGACGCCGACACGUGCUCCCAGCAAACACUUGCUCCUCUGGCUUUCAGACGAUGGUCGUACGGCCAGCCAGUCAAUUCAAAGUUUCGUAACUGACUUCAUGGCAAAAUAUCAAUGCACGGUCUUGCCUUCCAACGCGAAUCGAAGAAGGCAGUAGCGAAGUCAUCUUUGAAAUCUCCAAUUUACGAGACAGAUGAGCAAAUUCUGAGAUUUAUCCUGCGGCUCCGCAACGACUGCUUCAACUCAAGGCUUUUAAAAGUCACUACCUAUACGCCCCAAGCUAGGUUCAGCAAAAAGGACUUCACUACCUAUGAAAAAUGACAGUAAAGCCCGCCAUAAAGGACUGCGAAAGCGAUUGUGCUUGGGUUGCGGUUUCCAUGGAACAGUCCUCGAAAGAUCACCAAAUUAUUCGCCAAGUUAGUCAUAUGAUCCCGGCACUGACUGACUGUCCGCGAUAUGUUGCAACUUUUUAGUUGCCAACUUGGUCAAAAUCAGGUGCCGACUCAGCAUUGAAGACGUAUUCAUCACCCGCAUUCCUGGGAGCAGAUCUUUGUUCCCCGCCACCGUAUGCAGUUGGGUAUAAAUUCUUCUCGAGUAGAAAUCUUCUAUGCAAUCCUGGGGCUAUGUAACAACAGGGCGUCCAGAGAGGACACCAUUGCCGCUGACGUCUGUAGGUUUUUUUCCUGGAACUGGCGUACUAACUUCAUGGCUUGAUUGAGCAAGCGUGAGGUGAGAUCUUUCCCAAUGAGUGGGGCUCAGCUAUCAUUGCGCUUGUUUUGAAGUAGGGUGAUAAGAAAGAGUUCGAGAACUCUCGCGGUAAUAGUCUUGUUAACUUUCCAUCAGAGGUCUUUGCCACUUCCAGUCGUAGACUGUUUUAGAGUGUGCUUGAGUCGCAGACGAGACACAAACAAACCGGUUUUUAAGUUAAGCACCGAUACAACAACCAAGUACUAAUUUUGCAGCACAUUAACAGCAACUAACGGCCAUCUUCCUUGUUUGCCUCAGUGCAGCGUUCAUUUAUGACCAUUUCGCGUCCUUCUAACAGAUAGUGCAGUUAUAUAUUUAUUGACAAACACCAGCGUUAUAUGACCCAGGCCUGCCAUCACUCCACUACUGUGCUAGUUCUGGUACAUGACAAUAUCAACCAUUCCAUAUUUGAUGUGGAGUUCGAUAAUCUUGCAUUCUGUACCCCACCCUGUUCGACUGCUCCAUUGACUAAAUCCUUUUGAGGAACUGACACGUCGGUGUCGAAUGUGCACCCGGAUACCGGCUGACUUAACCUGACCUGGAAGACGACUAGAAACUGGAGGUAUUGGACUAUCGUUGCUUGGGAACCCUCCUUUGGGCGAAGUACAUCGGCGUGGUUUUGAAUGGGAAAGUUUGCAUUCGUUGCGAUAACACGGCGAGGAUACUUCAGGACACUCAAGAAUGACAACCGAGGUGAUUUGGACACGUUCUUCGUCGUUUACGUUCCAUUCGGCCGGCGUCGCUACCAACCUGGAAUCGUCGACGUAUUCGGCUUAGAAAGAAUCGGAGCCAGGUUUGAAACAGUCCGCCUAGAUGUUGAGGCGGUUACGGGGCCUCCGGCGCUCUGCUCUCCAUGUCCGCCGACGCACGCCCUGACGUGUGGAGAGUUUCGAUCCGUGAUAUAAUGGAGGCUGGCUAGGUCUGAUAUGAUUAUGGCCGUACUGGAGACAAGUAGUAGGACACACUAGGAAUCUUGACUCGGAGGGUUGCCAACUGAUAGGACACUUAAGUUCUAUAGUUUUAAGACUACGCUGUUAUCGCCCCCUCGUAAUCUGGCCUGUUCUCACUUUUUUCGGGCCUAUACAGUAGUUUUGUCCAUAUGCAUAUAAAGAUCGGUAAGUGCUCAGCAUACACAGACUCGAGUUUUGUCGUCAGCUGCUUCAAUCAGUGACUGAUCUCAUUAAAUGUUAACCGAAGUUAUGAAAUGCGCUUUCGAUUGAAAAGAAUCACUUAAAUGAGAUUCUAAGGUUGCUCAAGUUGUGGCACGGUUCCGUGAUAUUUCCGAUACGUCAAGAUGUUGGCUUCGGAUGUACCACCUUUUAGUCACCUACACAGACAGCACUCGGCAAAAAAUGAAUACUUAAGUAGUAUACAUUUUAUCUCCCGAUGCCCGAUGCUCUUAUAAAUUCAAAAAUAUUUCACAAGAGACAUGCGCAAAAAUAUUCCUUCUUGUAGUCAGUUGAUAGUAAGUCACGUUUUCUUCAAACUGUGUAUUAAAAAGCGUAUCUUUCGGUUCCAAAAGUCUCUAGCUAUGGGAUUCUUUAAGGCAGUGCAAUAUCCAUUUGAAUGACAUCCUAUCUGUCUGCCUAAAGGUGUUCUUCAAUAAGUAUGCAACGAAGUCCACAUUUGUUGCUUUAUUUUAGGAGCCCCAUAUGAUAUUUUAUUAAUGGUGUAAGGAAGUGUAUGUUUUUCCCUACACGGAAAGUAUAAUGCUUGAAGACGGAGAGCCCUUAACGAAAAUCCAACGGUAGAUUGAGUCCAAAAUUAUUCGAAAAUUGAGAAACUCUUUUAAAACCAAAAGAUAGCCCUUCCUUGAGCAUACAAUUUGAAGAAGACAUGAUUUACUACCAAGUGAGUACAAGAAUAUUUUUUGCGCAUGUCUCCUGCAAAACGUUUAUGAAUUUAUAAGAGCAUCGAAAAUCGACAGAAAAAGUGUAUGCUACUCAAGUAUUCAUUUUUUGCCGAGUGCAGUCGGUGCAGGUAACCGAAAAGAAGUACAUUCAAAAUUUAACAUCCUGACGUCUCGGAAAUAUCCCGGGACUAUGUCACAACUUAAUAAACUUUUGAAUCCCACUUAAGUUAUUCUUCCUAAUCGAGAAAACAUCUCAGAUUCCCUAUUAACAUUUCAUGAGAGCGGCCACUGUACUUAUACGCCCACUUCCAAUCGUCCUGACGUUUAUGGCCACUGAGACGUGGUUGCUGUGGGAGGAGGACGAGGCAGACUUUGUGUGGUUUCCCUCAAUGUUGAACAGCUACUGCUUAAGACAUCUAGGCCUAUCUGAACAAUAUUGUCCUCGUAAAUUACGAUGGGCAAACUGUCGUUAGCUCAACGUUAUGGGAUGCUGCCCUAAGGGAGCAAAAGAGGGGGAAGACAAAAGGGGGGGGGGUCGAAUUGUCCCCAUCCGCCGGGAGUGACUUUCCCGGAUAUAUGGUUGCUAAGGGACCUCAUUUGUCUAAACGUGACUCAAAGAGCUGUAUUUGUACCUAUUGCCCCAAACUACUGUUCUCAAUGACAUGCUGUUGACCGGAUCCUCGGGAGGGCCCUACACGAGGGUGACGGCGUUGAGUUUGCACCCGGAUACCGACUGACUGAUCUCGACUAUGCCGAUGAUAUCGCCUUACUUGCUUCACGUUUUGGUGAUCUGCAGUCUAUGGUGUCCCGGGUGAAUGAGGUCGCUAAAUCGGUCGGUCUAUCCAUAAACGCUGGGAAGACUAAAGCGUUUUUAAGCUGCAUCCCUGACCAGGAGGAAGCACCUCUUAGGAUUGAUGGCUGUGAAGACAGUCUUAAAUACCUCGGAGCGAGGCUGCUGCCUAAUGGACAGAGUAAGGACGACAUCGUCUCCCGAAUCGAUGCUGCCCGACGGGUUUUCUCAAGCCUUCGGAAAUGCGUGUGUAACCGACGUGACCUCUCGAUCGCCAGUAAGAUUCGCGUGUACCGUGCAUCUGUCCGCUCCGUCCUUCUCCACGGUUGUGAAUACUGGGCUUUGCGCCUGGAGGACGAGCGAAAACUAGAGGUAUUUAUCACCACUGCUUGAGGAUCAUCCUUCGAGUGAAGUUCACCAAAUUCUUCUCAAAUGAGACGGUCAGCGCUCCCUGCGACAACAUCGCAAGGAUAAAUCAGGUCAUCCAAGAAAGACGACUGAGGUGGCUUGGGUAUGUUCUUCGUCAUCCACCACAGGAACUCAGUGUUACUGCCCUCGAUCCGGCACCGUUGCCCCAUUGGAGGCGUCGAAGAGGGAGUCAGUUCAAAACCUGGCUCGAAACAGUUCGUCAAGAUAUGGAGGUGGUUCCUGGACCUUCGGUAUUCGGUCUCCGUCGUUGGCGAAGGGAACGGGUUGAGCUGUCCAGAUCUGCUGCCGCGGAUGGUCACGCGUGGAGAGGUACAGUUCUUGACAUCAUCGAGGCCGGCUAGAUCAGGCAUGAACGCAGCCGUAUCAAGUAACAUGCCUCUGAAAACCUCAGGCACAAGCAUUUGCAACGACAGAAAAGGUUUAAUUAACCGCAGUUUUUACUUUGGGAUUAAAUUACUCCAUUGCCCUUUCGUUCCCACUCAUUGUUAGUCAAGCGCUUCUGGCGUAUGCAGGCAUUCAGUCCUUAGCGUCCACGCCUCCAUUCGAAUUCAGGUGGUAUCGCAACUCCCUUUAAUAUCAAGGCGGAGGCCAUGGGGUACUAGCUAUUUUAGUCAUUUCGAAGCUCACCUCUAUUUUGUAAGCACUUUUCAAAUACCGAACUGUGCCUUCGUCUCUGAGAACCAAUGUCAUAAAUAUGCAAUCCUUUACCUAUCUGAUCUGGCUCUGUUGGACGUGUUCAACGCACGCAUCCUAAAGUACCUUGAACAUUUAUCGUUUCCAGAUUCGUCUACUGAGUUAUCCAUUUGUUUGAGACUUGUUGGGUUUCCGAAGACAUGAAGUUCAAGCCAGUGGUAAUAUGAUGUUAUAUGUUCUUACAAUUGUUUUAUUCUGACGCGUGGCGUUGAAGCAGAUGUAAACUUAAUUAGUAAAGCCAGUAUGAGUUUCUGACAUUGUUUAUAAAUGUCUCUUUUAACGUUGAUGACGAAUUUUUCCUUUUUCCACGUUUGCAUACUUACAGUGUACAGUAACGUUUUCCGACCGUUUAAUUAUCCUCAAAAUUUUGCUCCUGGAAUGUAGGACUGAGGCUACAAACUUUGCUGCAAAUGUAUUCGAUUGUUGAAUUCAAAGAAGAAAACGCCGUGGCUGUCGUGGCCAAGGCCUGUUUUGUCCGCGAAGGCCGCGUAUGUUGACCAACAUGUCGAAGCCACCGAGAGCAUAAUCUGCUUAGGACAAAAAUCUAUUCAACCAGAGUAUUGAAGUGUAAUCUGACUUUGGAAAAUGCCAGACGGCUCUUGAGGAAGGUGGAAGACACGAGCGACCUAUCCAGUUCCAGCCUGCCAAAUUCGGCAGAGGCAGAAGGAUAAAACAUGUAUCCUAUAUCUUUACUAUAUUUUUGUAGAUACGUCCACAGGCCGACGCCCGAUUCGGACGAUUAUGAGGAGGACGUCUACCGUCGAAGGCGGCUUGAGCGAAGACUGGCUCGUUGACCAACGCUAUCACCAAUUCUCCAAUAAACUUCAUUAUCUUAAGUGACUUGUAGGCCAAGACGACGAGAAUCUACCAAGCACAUCGUUGCUAUGGAGUAGGCCAAUUCAGCCCGCGCCAGUAGCCUCCUACCAAUGAGCAUAUUCUAUUAAUUUACUGUUUGGGAUGGCAAGCGAAACAAAACACAGAAACUGCUCCAUGAACUUGCUGUACUCAGGUACACCGCGGAAUUAAGUGCCUUUGGUAAGACUAUUCACAAUGCUUUUGACAAUCACAGAGGGGAAAAGUAGACUACGUGGCCGACUAGUGCCUUACAGACUUUAACGAGUUACAGCAAGUUAAGGCAACCUUGGCCGACAUUCUUCGAAUAGUAUAGAUCAAGUCUAUCCUUGUCAGACAGAAAACCACACUUCCAAAUUUGCCACUGUGCACUGAGGGGGAAUAUAAUGAUUUUGUUACUCGGUCAAUUUCUGACACAGACUUUGCACAAGUGGUGAUUAAACAUAUUUAUCUGUAUACCUAUAACGGCUUUCAGGGAGAAUAGCCGUCUGUUGUUGGAGGACAAAAUGAGCGGGAGUUUGUUAAAAAUCUCCUAACUACUAUGUUCGGCCUCCCCCUCCCCCUCCCUAUGCCUCAGCUUCUCUGAGGACAGUCGACAGACAAGAGGUCGUUCUCAGGUUGUCCCCUCCAUAUAUCCUCUCCGGUACGGCAAAUUUUUUAUUAACAUCCACAGACGCUAUUCAGCCGAAUCUAAUAUUUGGUAGCUCACCAACUGAGGCACUUCACAAAAGCGCCAUUAGCUGGUUCCACAGAGCCGGAGACAAGUGCGGCGGAAGACCUAAACGCCGGGAGUCCGCCGAGAAGGUAAUUCGAUUACCUUGAUUUAUUCCCACAUUUCAGCAGCUGCCGCCGACGUUUGCCCCAGUCUGUCUCCGACAGAAGACACGGUUAUUACUUUCAGGACUUUACUUUUAAUAGGCUUUAUGCAACCAACUUCAUAUACAUGGUUAUUGUUGCAUAAUUUUUGGCUACUUAAGUAGCAUGAAAAUUUUCCGCUUAACUUACGAACCAAUUAAUCCUUUGUCUUCAGGAGACUGCCGUGGAAACUACUUCAUAUAAGUAAUUAUUACUAAUUUUUUCGACUACUUCAGUAGUACAGAAGGUUUCCGUUUAACUUAGACCAAUUUUCUCCUUUGUCUGCAGGAACCUGCCACGUCGACCGAAAGGUGUAUACUAAUGAAGCAUAA